AUGUACCAGUCAAUGCCCCAUCAGAUCAUGCAGCGAUCUACUAGAGAUGCGAUUCUCUCACGUAGAGAAAUAGAAGCUCUAAUUGCAGGGGGCCAGUCGAUUAUUAUUGUGAAUCAGAAGGUACUUCGUGUGGAUGCCUGGAUUCCGUACCAUCCCGGUGGACUUAAGACCAUCCAGCAUGUGGUUGGAAAGGAUGCCACAGAUGAGUUUACUAUAUUCCACUGCGAAGAGACGCGACAGAUGAUUGCAAGGUAUCAGAUUGGGCGGAUUGAAGGAAGAUGGAUCAAUUUCGUGCCACCAAUUCAAGGGGGAGUAUUUCGACCGGAUGAUGAUGAUGGAGAAGAGGAGUCAGCCAUCUUAGUCAAGGAACAGCAAGAUGCUUCCUCAACUGGGCUCACAGCUGCCACAGUAGAUGCAGGCAUCCACAAACGACACAGCGAGCCUGAGCCAAUGGAGAAUAUGGUCACUCAAGACGAAAUAACGUUCCUCGACACGCAAACCAAAGAAGAAGUCAAACUCACCCUGUCGCAGUACCCACCUCUGGACCCUGUCACCCAGGACGAGAUCAUCGCCAAAUACCGACUUCUGCACAGCCGAAUCCACGCCGAAGGCCUCUACAAAUGCAACUACACAGCCUACGCCUGGGAAUUCGGCCGCUGCUCCCUCCUGUUCAGCACCAUGCUCUUCUUCCUCCACAUCGGCUGGUACAACACAAGCGCCCUCUUCCUCGCCUGGUUCUGGUCCCAAAUGGUCUUCGCCGCCCACGACGCCGGCCAUAUCGGAAUCACCCAGAACUUCACGAUCGACAGUCUGAUUGGGAUGACGAUCGCCGCACCGAUCGGAGGCCUCUCCCUGGGCUGGUGGAAACGUAGCCACAACGUCCACCACAUCGUAACCAACGCGCCCGAGCACGAUCCCGACAAUCAGCACCUCCCCUUCCUGGCCGUUAACCACCGCUUCCUCGGGAACCUCUUCUCCACCUACCACGAACGACUCCUGGCCUACAACAAAGUCGCCCAAGCCCUAGUCCCUUACCAAGCUUAUCUGUACUACAUCAUUCUGCUCUUCGGCCGAUUCAACCUCUACGUGCAAUCCUGGAUCUUCCUCCUCCAAGCCCAAGGACCCCGCAAGGCCCCGCCAAAUGGCACCGCUGGUUCGAAAUCUGUGGGAAUCUAA